UUUACCUAUAAAAUAAAAACAAUAGCAAAAACCUACCCUACAUACUGGUUAUAUAUUACGUACGAAGGACCGAGGACCUUCUUACCUACUCCAAUACUAUACUGGACUCGCUUAAACCGGGUAUAAUAUAAAAGUAGUAUAAAAGUUACUCUGUGGUUCGGACCCAUAAAAUACUUGUUUAUUGAUCUGAUUUGAGUAAUGAUUAAUAUAUAUAUUACCACUUAUCUGUCCUACUGUGAUAUUCGAAGUGUUAUUGGUUAAUAUUUAUCAUAAAAUAAACAACAAAUAAUACUGCGUUAGGCAGAUCAAGAAGGUUCAUUGAAAAUUGUUAAUAAUGUCACCUCUAUGUAAAGUACAUUGGUUUUCAAGGGUUUUUCCGGUUCAAAAUAAGUUUGGCAGCUAUUAUCGCAGUUAUAGCAAAGCAAACAUACCACGUUAUGACGUCGUUGUAGUAGGAGGUGGUAUCGUUGGAUCUGCCUCUGCAAGAGAGUUAGCUUUGAGACACCCAAGCUUAAAAAUCGCACUAAUAGAAAAGGAAAACAAAUUCGCAUUCCAUCAAAGUGGCAACAACAGUGGGGUUAUUCAUGCUGGCAUUUAUUAUAAGCCUGGUUCAUUGAAAGCAAAGCUUUGUGUUGAAGGUCUCAAUCUGUCGUAUAAAUAUUUGGAUGAAAAAGGUAUCAAAUAUUCUAAGUGUGGAAAACUUAUAGUAGCAACAAAUAGAAUAGAAGUUCCUCGUCUUCUUGACUUAUAUGAUAGAGGAGUAAAGAAUGGUGUAAAAGAUAUAAGAUUACUAGAUGCUGAAGAAAUAAAACAAUUAGAACCGCAUUGUAAAGGAUUACAGGCAUUGUGGUCUCCACAUACAGGAAUUGUAGAUUGGGGUGUGGUCACUCGAUCCUAUGUGGAAGAUUUUAAUAAGUUUGGGGGGACAAGUUAUUUGAAUUUUGAAGUAAAAAAGUUCAUUGAAGGUGAAGAUGCAGACUAUCCUGUUAUUAUCACAAACUCAAAAGAUAACACAGUGUAUGCAAAAUAUGUCCUUACCUGUUGUGGUUUACAAUCAGACAGUGUAGCUGUAUUAACUGGCUGUCCCGAAGAACCCAGGAUCAUCCCUUUUAGAGGUGAAUAUCUAUAUUUAUCUCCACAUAAAAGUAAUCUUGCUAAGGCAAAUAUAUACCCUGUACCAGAUCCAAGGUUCCCUUUCCUUGGAGUUCACUUAACUCCAAGGAUAGAUGGUCGCGUGAUUGUUGGACCUAAUGCUAUUUUAGCAUUUUGUAAGGAAGGUUAUAGGUGGGGUGAUAUUAAUGUGCAAGAAUUGAAGGAAAUACUUUCAUUCUCUGGAUUUCGAAAGAUGGCACUUAAAUAUGCUGGCUUUGGGCUCAAAGAGAUGAGCAGGUCCAUAUUUAUUCCGUUGCAAGUGAAACAAAUACAAAGAUAUAUUCAGGGCAUUACAAGUAGCGAUGUUGAAAGAGGACCAGCAGGAGUGAGGGCACAGGCCAUGGCAAAGGAUGGAACUCUUAUUGAAGAUUUUGUAUUUGAUUCCAAGCCUGGUUCUGGUGCUAUUGGAAGCAGAGUUCUUCACUGUAGAAAUGCACCAUCACCUGGUGCCACUUCAUCUCUUGCUAUUGCAAAAAUGAUUGCAGAUAAAAUGAAAGAAGAAUUCAAGUUUUAAUUGGGUUUACAGUCCAAGUUUCUUUUGAUAAUUUUGUACUUGGAUUAUGUGAUACUAUUACGAAAGCGUAUAAUAUUAAGGUAGAUAUUUUUAUUUUUUUAAAGCAUUUAUAAAAUCAAUUUUAUUUUAUUUUACUCAUUUUAAUAUCAGCUUGUACUAAAAUCUGAUUAAAUACUUUUAAGAUGGCUAUUUA